UUGUUCCUCGAGACGUGGAGAGUUAGAACAAAAGAAACUACCGAACCGGUCUGUCCAGUCCACCCGGAUCCCACCGAGCCGCUCGGUUCCGACUCGGUUCGGUUCGAUCUUUAUAUAAACGGACUGUAGGCGUAGCGGGAUGCCCAGUCACAGCCAGCACGCGGGCAGCAGUGAGAGGCGCGAGCUCGAGCACGCGGCCAGGCAGGUUCGGUUCGCUCCUGACGCCGGUACCGUGAGUAACGUGAGUAACGGUACCGAAGAAGCGAUGAUUAUACAAGAACCAGAUGACGAUAACACAUCCGGCGGUGAUUUACAGAGACUGAUCGGGGCGCAGAUCAAACUGCUCCCGCUGAACGAUCAGAUCCGGGAACUACAGACCAUCAUCCGGGACAAGACGACCAGCCGAGGUGAUUUUGUGUUUUCUGCUGAUAGACUGAUCAGACUAGUGGUUGAAGAGGGACUCAACCAGCUGCCCUACAGCGAGUGCACGGUCAUCACGCCGACGGGUCAAAAGUAUGAGGGGGUGAAAUUCGAGAGGGGAAACUGUGGGGUGAGCAUCAUGAGAAGCGGUGAGGCGAUGGAGCAGGGUCUGAGGGACUGCUGCAGAUCCAUCCGCAUCGGCAAGAUUCUCAUCCAGAGCGACGAAGAGACUCAGAAAGCCAACGUUUUUUACGCCAAAUUCCCCCCCGACAUCAGCCGCAGGAAGGUGCUGCUCAUGUACCCCAUCCUGAGUACGGGUAACACGGUGAUCGAGGCGGUGAGGGUGCUAAAGGAACACGGCGUGCAAGCCAAACACAUCAUACUGCUGAGUCUCUUCUCUACUCCACACGGUGCAAGGUCCAUAGUGCAGGAAUUUCCUGACAUCACGAUACUCACAACCGAGGUCCAUCCAGUCGCCCCCACACACUUCGGCCAGAAAUACUUCGGGACAGAUUGACACACACACACACACACACACACACACACACACACACACACACACACACACUUAAUGGUCGUAGUCAGCAUGCAGUGCGUCUGAGCUGACGCGUGACGGCCGAUCCAAAUGUCCAGAUCACAACCCUGCGGUCGCACAGACUAGCGCACCCAGAGAACAACGAUCGCCUUGCUGUUCAGGGAAGAGUGUUCGAGUGGAUUCCUUAUAGCUGCUGCAGUUACGCCCUCUGCUGGCGGAUCGAUGGUACUGCACAGAGACGAGGGAUAACCGGAUCAGGGUGUGACUCUAGGUACACAAAGCUGAAAGCUGCAGGUGAAAAGAAGCGGUCGACUACUGCACACGUGUCGGAGGGGAGGGGAGGCAUCCUAACCCAUCCCAAUCCAAUCCAAUCCAGGUAAUUGGAUACGACUAAAUUGGGAGGAAAAUUGUGGGGUGGGGGGGCGAUUAAUUGUACCUGGCUGCUACCAGUACGAAACUGAGGGGUCACGUUCCAGCUUACGUGCAUGACCUGAACCACUGGGUAUUCCCCCACACACAACCAGCGCUCCAAAAAUAAUAUAUAUAUAUAUAAAAUAUAAAUAAAAUAUUUUUUAUUACGA